AAAACUACGGAGCGCCACAGGGUCCUGCUCAGGAGGCUGGCUUCCACGCCGUGGAAGUCACAUGACAGGAAGUAGUAUUGAAGAAGCGGAAGUAGCAUGUGCCUAAGGAGACGGUGGUAAUCCAAACUCGGGUUGUUGGGCGCAACUAGCAGCCAAAAUGAAGGUGAAGAUGCUGAGCCGGAACCCGGACAACUAUGUCCGCGAAACCAAGCUGGACUUACAAAGAGUUCCAAGAAACUAUGAUCCUACCUUACAUCCUUUUGAGGUCCCACGAGAAUACAUAAGAGCUUUAAAUGCUACCAAACUGGAACGAGUAUUUGCAAAACCAUUCCUUGCUUCUCUGGAUGGUCACCGAGAUGGAGUCAAUUGCUUGGCAAAGCAUCCAAAGAGCCUGGCUACUGUCCUUUCUGGGGCAUGUGAUGGAGAGGUUAGAAUUUGGAACUUGACUAAACGAAAAUGUAUCCGUACAAUACAAGCACAUGAAGGUUUUGUACGAGGAAUAUGUACUCGCUUUUGUGGGACUUCUUUUUUUACUGUUGGCGAUGACAAAACUGUGAAGCAGUGGAAAAUGGAUGGACCAGGCUAUGGAGAAGAGGAGGAACCAUUGCAUACAAUAUUAGGAAAGACAGUGUAUACGGGAAUUGAUCAUCAUUGGAAAGAAGCUGUUUUUGCCACAUGUGGACAGCAAGUAGACAUUUGGGAUGAACAAAGAACAAGUCCUAUAUGUUCAAUGACCUGGGGGUUCGACAGUAUAAGUAGUGUUAAAUUUAACCCAAUUGAGACAUUUCUCUUGGGAAGUUGUGCUUCUGACAGGAAUAUAGUACUAUAUGAUAUGAGGCAAGCUACUCCCCUGAAAAAGGUCAUCUUAGAUAUGAGAACAAAUACAAUUUGUUGGAACCCUAUGGAAGCUUUCAUUUUUACUGCAGCAAAUGAAGAUUACAACUUGUAUACUUUUGAUAUGCGUGCACUGGACACCCCUGUGAUGGUACAUAUGGAUCAUGUGUCUGCGGUACUUGAUGUGGAUUACUCUCCCACUGGGAAAGAGUUUGUGUCUGCUAGUUUUGAUAAAUCUAUUCGUAUCUUUCCUGUGGACAAAAGUAGAAGCAGGGAAGUCUAUCACACAAAGAGAAUGCAACAUGUUAUCUGUGUAAAAUGGACCUCUGACAGCAAAUAUAUUAUGUGUGGAUCUGAUGAAAUGAAUAUUCGUCUAUGGAAAGCUAAUGCUUCUGAAAAAUUGGGUGUGCUUACAUCACGAGAAAAAGCAGCCAAAGAUUAUAACCAGAAGUUGAAGGAGAAAUUUCAACAUCAUCCUCAUAUAAAACGCAUUGCUCGUCACCGACAUCUACCAAAAUCUAUCUACAGCCAGAUCCAGGAACAGCGCAUCAUGAAGGAAGCUCGCCGACGAAAGGAGGUGAAUCGUCUCAAACAUAGCAAGCCUGGAUCUGUGUCAGUUGUGUCAGAGAAGAAGAAGCACAUAGUGGCAGUUGUGAAAUAAUACUUGGUAUUCCUACCAAUCCUGAUGUAUAAUUAUGUGUUACGUUUUGAUGUGCAGACUCCGCAAAUAAAGUACUGACUCUAGAAUAAUAACAAACAGUUCAGUUACAUGUUUAGAGCACUACCCUGAAAAACUAUCCUGAAAGGUGGCCUGGUUGAUAAGACUAUCCAAUAUUUUAUCCUUGAUCUGCUUUCUUAUUUCAUUGAAGAAUACAGUAUUUACAAACAUGUUUAUUACUGUUAGAAAUUGCAGAUACGCUUUCGCUUUGAUCUAUUGUUGUAGAUACACGCUUUAAUUUACGUUUUAGACCAAACAUCUCUUUUGUUACCUUUAAUAUUACUUUGGGUAAUUAUUGCAAUGAUUCUUCCUAUGAUUACAUAUAACAUGUGGAAGCAUUAUGUCAGAACUUUUUUCAAUUCAGUUAAUUUUCUGCGCUUUAUUUGUAUUUGGGUCUUUGAGACUUUAAAGAUGAUCAGCUUGCGUUUAUAUAACUUUUAUAAAUAAUUAUAAUUUAUGGUGAAGUUAAGAUAAUAAAACAUCCUUUUCUCAGCAUUGUAACUUUGAUCCAUUU